GAUUUGAUACCAGCAUUUUGCCAAUUUGCAAAGACUCCCUUGGCUGGAUGUUUAACAGGCUUGAUACGAACUAUGACCUGUUGUUGGACCAGUCAGAACUUGGAAGCAUUUACCUUGACAAGAAUGAGCCAUGCACCAGGGCAUUCUUCAAUUCUUGUGACACAUACAAGGACAGUUUGAUAUCUAACAAUGAGUGGUGCUACUGCUUCCAAAGACAGCAAGACCCACCUUGCCAGACAGAACUCAGCAACAUUCAGAAGCAGCAAGGAGGGAAGAAGCUCCUAGGGCAGUACAUCCCCUUAUGUGAUGAAGAUGGGUAUUACAAACCAAGUCAGUGCCAUGGAAGCAUAGGGCAGUGCUGGUGUGUUGACAGAUACGGUAAUGAGGUAACAGGAUCCAGGACAACCGGUGCGGCAGAAUGUGCUAUCGAUUUAGAGACUUCAGGUGAUUUUGCCUCUGGUGAUUUCCAUGAAUGGACAGAUGAUGAAGAUGAUGAAGACGAAAUAAUGAAUGAUGAAGAUGAAAUUGAAGAUGAUGAUGAAGACGAAGGAGAUGAUGAUGUUGAUGAUGAUGAUGAUCAUGAUGGAUAUAUUUGAUGAAAUUAGGGGGUCCAUGAAUUGUACCUUUCUAAAAUUCAGAAGAUGACAUUUCAUAAAAUCCCUUUGCUCUCCAAGAUCAAAAGGAUUCUAACAAACAUGUAUAUUUUGUAUGAUUAUUUCAAACAUUGCCGCUGGAGUCAUAGACUUUUUUUUGUUUAAAUAAGACUAAUUAUAUUAUG